CCUCCCUUAACCACUUCACUUCACUUCUCACCUCACCACCCUACCUAACACUAUUUAGACCCUUCAAUUUCACUAUUCUUACCAAAUUCAUUAACCAAAUAUUUUGUUCAUAGAUUCGUUUAUUUUAAAAUUUUAUUGCGUAAAAAUCUGAAUCAAUAUUUUAUUUUAGAUAAAAAUUGAAUUCAGAUUUUUCUCUUAUAGCUCUGAUUCGAUUAAAACCCUAAAUCAUAUGAGUUUAUUUUUAGAUUAAAUAGAGUUAGGUUUAGACUGAGUUUUGAAGGUUUGAUUUGUUUUUUUUUUUUUUUUUUUGGAUUAGAUUUGUGAGUGUAUAAGUGAAACCCUAGAGCUUAUGAAGAAUUAGCGAUUAGCGAGGUUUGUGGUUGGAGAGAAGAGGAAAAUGUCUGUGGAGAGGUCGUUUGAGGCUUGGGAAGAGGUGCAGCGUCACGGGCAGGACCUAGCUGACCGGCUUGCCCAGGGUUUCAGUGGAUUGAUCCAGACGCACAUGAGUCCUCCGCAGUUUGCGUGGCCGAAUCCUCCGACGUCGAAGCUCUUCGAUCUGGAGUUUCCGUCGCAGAGCUUCGGGAAGAGGGAUUUCGCGCUGGCGACGGAGGAGUAUGGGAUAAAUGGGGUGUCCGCGAUUUUCGACAUCGGUAGCCGGAUAGGCCAGGCUGGGGCGGACUUUGGGGCUAGCUUGAAUGGGCUGGUUCAGCAGUUUUUCCGCUCGUUGCCGGUGCCGGUGCCGUUCAAGCACGAGGAGAGUUCGGUGAGGGUGGAGGCUGGGGAUAAGGGGUGGCAGAGAGGAGGGAUUGGGCUCGUUGUGCAGGAGGAUUUGGGGUUGGGGUCACUUAGUGAGAGGUUGAAGAAUCAUGGGUUUGCUGAGAGUGUUAGUGGUAGUGGCGGUGGAGGUGGAAGUGCGGAGGAAGAGGUUGGUGGCGGUGGUGGCAGCGGUGGUGCUGCUGCUGGUGGGUUUAACCUUGGGUCUAUCGGUCUUCUGGGCAGGCGACAGGGAAUAAUAAAUUUUACAUCUACUUAUGAUAGUAGAACUCAAGAAGUGGAAGGUUCUUUAGUUGCAAGGGGAGAUUUGUGGAGAGUAGAGGCAUCGCAUGGUGGUUCUACAUCUGGAAAUGAAAAUUCAUCCCUUUUCCUGGUUCAGCUUGGACCUCUUCUCUUUAUUCGUGAUUCAACUCUUCUCCUCCCUGUUCAUUUGUCCAAGCAGCACUUGCUGUGGUAUGGCUACGAUAGAAAGAAUGGAAUGCAUUCUCUUUGUCCAGCAGUGUGGUCAAAACACAGAAGGUGGCUUUUAAUGUCCAUGCUUUGCCUGAAUCCCAUAGCUUGUUCAUUUGUGGAUCUUCAAUUCCCUAAUGGGCAAUUAACCUACGUAUCUGGUGAGGGUCUAAGUACCAGUGCAUUCCUUCCUAUUUGUGGAGGUCUUCUUCAAGCGCAGGGUCAAUAUCCUGGGGAAAUGAGAUUCAGCUUUUCAUGCAAGAACAAGUGGGGAACAAGAAUCACACCGAUGGUACAGUGGCCCGACAAAUCGUUUUCUUUGGGUCUUGCUCAAGCGUUGGCCUGGAAGCGAUCUGGUCUUAUGGUGAGGCCAUCCGUUCAAUUCAGUGUUUGUCCUACACUUGGCGGAAGCAAUCCAGGGUUGCGAGCAGAACUCAUUCAUUCAGUUAAAGAGCAACUUAAUCUGAUUUGUGGAUGUGCUUUCAUGACAUAUCCUUCUGCAUUUGCUUCAGUAUCUAUUGGAAGAUCAAAAUGGAAUGGGAAUGUAGGGAACUCAGGUCUGGUUCUAAGAGUCGAUGUUCCUCUCUCCACUGUUGGGCGCCCUUCCUUCUCUGUUCAGUUAAAUAGUGGCAUUGAGUUUUGAUAGAGUUCAUGUGUUUGGUACCAUCUGUUUUAUAUUUUGCAUGAAGUGUACAUAGGUAUGGUUCCUUGACAGUACUUGCAGGGAAUUAAAAAAAAGAAACUCCUAACAACAAAGCUUACCAUCUUUAUGUGAAUACAAAAUCCUGUCUUGGCUGCUAGUGUAAUAGUCUGUCAUUUUCUAUGGUUCGGUUCAAAUCAUUUUGGAACCGGGUGUACUUAUUGAAUUUCUAAUUAUUUUGCAGGCGUAACUUAUAAAAAGUUAGAUUCAAAUUGAGUUGUGGGAGUACUUCUAAUUGUUAUUUUUUUUGCUUAGAUUAGUCGUAAUAUUCGUAGUCGAAUGGUUAUUAUUUGGGAAGGAUCUUUCCUUUGUACAAAAUUAUUUAGCCAUGAAAUGGAAAAUUAGUCGUGAA